AUGGCUACCGCUGGCAGUGUGCUGUCUGAGGAACAGCUUCUUUGCCCCAUCUGUCUGGAUUUGUUCAACCAACCGGUCUCUACUCCCUGUGGGCACAACUUCUGCAGGGGCUGCAUACAGGAAUAUUGGCAGAGCGCUGAUCUGUCGCAGUGCCCCAUGUGCAUGCAGAAGUUCUACAGGAGGCCUGAGCUCAAAGUUAACACCUUCAUAUGCGAGUUGGUUUCUCUGUUCAAGAAGUCAUUGGAAAACAAAGACGAACAGGAGGCCAGGACUGUUGACCAGUAUUCCGGCCAAAAAGUGGAGGUUUCAUGUGACGUGUGCGUUGGAAAAAGAGUCAAGGCUCUGAAAUCCUGCCUGGAGUGUUUGGCCUCCUUCUGUGAGACUCACCUGGAGCCCCAUCAUGUUCUAGGCACCCUCAGGUCCCACCACCUGAUCAACCCCACGAUGAAAAUGCAAGACAGAGUGUGUGUGAAGCACGAGGGACUGCUGGAGCUGUUCUGCAACACCGACCAGACGUACGUGUGUCAGAUCUGCCUUGAGAAAGAGCACAAAGCUCAUCACACUGUGCCUCUGGAGGAUAAGAGCAGAGACAAGAGAGCUCAGAUUGGAAAGAUAAACGCAGAGGUGGAAGAGAUGAUCAACAGCCGACUGCAGACAAUCAGCAAAAUCAAUCAAACCCUUCAACUCAGCAGAGUAAACACCGAAAGGGAGAUUGAGGAAAGUUCGCGAGUCUUCAACAAACUGCUCCACGUAGUCCAGAGAGGCCACGCUGAGGUGGUGGAGGUGAUUGGUGCAAAGCAGAGGCAGGUUGAAAGCAGGGCCGGCAGACUCGUCGUGAAGCUGGAGCAGGAGAUCGAAGAGCUGAGGCAGAGAAACAUGGGGCUGGAGCAGCUCUCACGCACAAAAGACCACCUUUACCUCCUCCGGAGCUUUCCGGCUUUCUCCGUGCUGCCAGCCAGCGGCGACGGGUGUGACGCCUGCGUGGAGAGUGCUGUGUAUGUGGGCACGGUGAGGAGAGCAGUCAGGAGAGCAGCAUUUCAGCUGGAGGAGACAGUAAAGGCUGAGGUGAAGAGGCUGUGUGAGAUCGAGUUUCACAGGGCUCAGCAGUUUGCUGUGGACGUGACUCUGGACCCUGACACAGCUCAUCCCAAACUGAUGCUGUCUGAAAACAAAAAACAGGUCUAUCAUGGCGACGUAGCCCUGAGCCUCCCGGACAACCCAGAGAGAUUCUACCCCGGCGUCAGCGUUUUGGGAAAGGAGGGUUUCUCCUCUGGCAGGUUCUACUACGAGGUGCAGGUGAAAGGGAAAACGGAGUGGGAUAUUGGAGUUGGGCUUGAAUCCGUCAACAGAAAAGGAGGAAAUAUACUAAACCCUGAAAGAGGCUACUGGGCCCUGGGGAUGAGAAAGGAGAAGAGCUACUGGGCCCUCAGCAGCACUCCCGUCUGUGUGCCGCUGGUCGAGAAGCCCCAGAGAGUCGGGGUGUAUGUGGACGUGGAGUGGGGGCAGGUCUCCUUUUACAACGUGGACACCGCUUCUCAUAUCUACUCAUUCACGGGAUACUCAUUCAAUGAAAGACUUUUCCCCUACUUUAACCCCCGGCGUAAUCAUGGUGGGGUCAACUCUGCUCCUCUGAUCAUCUUCCCCGUCAAUGGCCAAAAUCUUCCUGCUUCCUGA